AUGAGCGCAGCCACCCACUCGCCCAUGGUGCAGAUGGCGUCCGGCAACGGCGCCGGCGACCGCGACCCCCUGCCCCCCGGCUGGGAGAUCAAGAUCGACCCGCAGACCGGCUGGCCCUUCUUCGUGGACCACAACAGCCGCACCACGACGUGGAACGACCCGCGCGUGCCCCCCGAGGGCCCCAAGGAAGCUCCAUCCUCUGCAAACGGCCCUUCCAGGGAAGGCUCCAGGCUGCUGCCCAGUAGAGAAGGCCACCCUGUGUACCCGCAGCUCCGACCCGGCUACAUCCCCAUUCCUGUCCUCCACGAAGGCAUCGAGAGCCGGCGCCCUUUCCACGUCUAUCCCCAGCCUGGGACGCAGCGAUUCCGAACCGAAGCAGCAGCAGCAGCUCCUCAGAGGCCCCAGUCACCUCUGCGGGGCAUGGGGGAGGCCGCCCCGCCAGAGAAACAGUGUGCACAGACAGCAGCAGCUGCGGCAGCCCAGCCCCUGACCACCCACAGGCCUGAGCGAUCGCAGUCUCCGGCCGCCUCGGACUGCUCGUCGUCCUCUUCCACGGCCAGCCUGCCCUCCUCUGGCAGGAGCAGCCUGAGCAGCCACCAGCUGCCCCGGGGCUACAUCCCCAUCCCUGUGAUCCACGAGCAGAACGCGGGCCGGGCCGCAGCCCAGCCCUGCCUCCACCAAGCCCAGAAGACCCACUACCCAGCGCAGCAGGGUGAAUACCAGACCCACCAGCCCGUGUUCCACAAGAUCCAGGGCGAUGACUGGGAGCCCCGGCCCCUGCGAGCGGUGUCCCCGUUCAGAUCCCCCGCCCGGAGCGUGUCAAGCCGCGAGGGCUCGCCAGCCAGAAGCAGCACACCGGUGCACUCGCCCUCACCCGUGCGUGUGCACCCUGUCGUCGACAAGCCUCAGCAGCCAAUGACCCACCAAGAACCUCCACCUGUUGCCCAGCCUGAAAACAAACCAGAAAGUAAGCCAGGCCCCGCUGGACCAGAUCUCCCUCCUGGACACGUCCCGAUUCAAGUGAUCCUCAAAGAGGCAGAUUCUAAGCCUGUUUCCCAGAAGCCCCCACCAGCCUCUGAGAAGGUGGAAGUCAAGGUCCCCUCUGCUCCAGUUCCUUGUCCUCCCAGCCCUGGCCCUUCUGCCGUCCCCUCAGCCCCUAAAAAUGUGGCUGCAGAAGAGAAGGCAGCCCCCAGCCCUGCCCCCACAGAAGCCGCACCUCCAAAAGCAGGAGAAGCCGAGGCCCCCCCAAAACAUCCAGGUGUGCUGAAAGUAGAAGCCAUCCUGGAGAAGGUGCAGGGGCUGGAGAAAGCCGUGGACAACUUCGAAGGCAAGAAGACCGACAAAAAGUACCUGAUGAUAGAAGAGUAUUUGACCAAAGAGCUACUGGCCCUGGAUUCGGUGGACCCCGAAGGGCGAGCCGAUGUGCGUCAGGCCAGGAGAGAUGGCGUCAGGAAGGUUCAGACCAUCCUGGAGAAACUUGAACAGAAAGCCAUAGAUGUUCCAGGUCAAGUGCAGGUUUAUGAACUCCAGCCCAGCUCCCUUGAAACCGAUCAGCCACUGCAGGAAAUCAUGGAGAUGAGCACCAAGGCAGCAGACAAGAGUAAGAAAAGUUCCGGCAACAGAGAGGAUCCCCAAACUGAAACCCAGCAGCCAGAAGCCAAAGAAGCGGCAGCUCCAAACCCCCCCACCACGACAGACACAGCUGGUAACCCAGCAGCACCAUAG